AUGCGGGAGGCGAAGCUGGAGCCCGACGUCAUCAGCUACAACGCUGGGAUUAGCGUGUGCGAGAAGGGCGACCAGUGGCAGCGGGUGCUGGCGCUGCUGAGCGAGAUGCGGGAGGCGAAGCUGGAACCCAACGUCAUCAGCUACAACGCUGGGAUCAGCGUGUGCGAAGAGGGCGAGCAGUGCCAGCGGGCGCUGGCGCUGCUGAGCCGAGAUGCGGGAGGCAACGCUGGAGCCCACCGUCAUCUCUACUACAACUUGUACUAG